CCAGGCGUGCACGGACAUGAUGGUAAUCAAUAACCCAUCAGUGACUCAGCAGAAGGAUCUCGGGUGAGAUCUGUGCAUUUACUAACCUAUUUUCUUUCCUCCUUUUAUAUACCGCCAAGCAGUCACCUAAGCGAAUCUACGCUUUAAGGUGCAGUAAUUCCAAUAACGUUUGCUUUCGAUACGAGUUAUUCCAUUCCCAUGGUGUCGAGAAGCUGGAUCCCAGGUGCGGCUUUCCCUGUGGUCUGCGGCGAGCGGACCCAUCCUGCCCCAGACGAAAAGGCGGAGGAGGAGCAGCGGAAUGCGACAAGUGGCACUAGGUGCGAGGAGCUGCGGCGGCUCUUGCACGGCCCAGCUGAACUGCGGGACACCGCACCUGCUUUCGGCAGAGACGCCUCGCCAAGCCACGCAGCCCCAGGUGGCGCGGGAGGAGCGGCUCCUCGGCGCCGUGACCGGGCUGAUGUCACACGGCGCCCCUGCUGCUCCGGCCGCCUGGCGGGGACGCUGCCGUUAACGGGGCUGCGCCGGGCGCGAGGGAAGGGACGAGCAGCACCGAGGAGAGGGCAGCUCAGCCCCCCCAGCCGGACCCCCGCCAGGGAGGGCCGGGACCGCCCCCAGCGCCGCUCGGCCGCCAUACUGCGGGACAACCCAAACUUGUUACACACGGGCACCAACUCCUCCUCCUCCUCCUGUUGCCCCUCCCGCCGCCACCGCCCUGCCCCCGCCGGCGGGGGGAGGAGGGGGCUGCGCCGGCCCAGCCCCAGCCGCGGGGAAGGCGCCGAGGCGGGCGGGGGCUGUGCGAGGGGAGCGGCGCAGCCCCCCGCAGCUGUCAAGGAGACUUUAAAUCACGUCUCCACAGAGGUGCCGAGUUUACAAGAAACAAAAGCCAUUGUAGCUGAUGGGGACGGCGGUAGCUGCUUCCAGAACAAAUGAAGCGUUUGAUGUGAACGGUUCUAUUUCACAACUGUAACACUGAUUCAUUGGUUUUUCUGGACACUGUAAGUACAGUGCCCGCAGACUUAAUACGCGGUGUUGCCAUCUCUUUGCUGGUAUUACGAUACCCCCCCCCUCAGUCCCUGUAUAAACAGCCAUUACAAUGAACACUUGAUAACCUUUUUUGUUAAACUUGCAUGGAUAUAGCAGUAGCCUGCCAAAAUGUGUGGAUUUAUACCACUUGGAGGUCCUGCAGGAAGGAGAGAUGUUCUGGAUGCCCUGGUGCAUCCCUUAUUGGCCUGCCUCCUGAGCAUGUGAGCGUCAGAGUUACGUGCUUCAUGCACCUUCUUGCUGGGGAGGAGCUGGAGAACUCAGAAGGAUCUGUCAUCUGCUGAAGGCCACUUGGCUGGAGUUGGAAACUGCACUGUGCUUGCUUUGCAGCACACUCUUGCCCUCUCUCCCAGCUGUCUUAGGGGGUGUGUGCCAAAUGAAUAUUUUUGUGUUAAAAUACGUUUUCUUAGAUGUUUUCUUGCAGUGAAGCAAGUGGAAGGUCUCUUUCAGUCAUGUCAAAAUUAAUUCUUGCUUUGGGCUGCUAGCAUUAGAUGUAAUAAUAGGUGCAUAUGCCGCCUAGUUAGCAAAACGUGUUGGAUAAGUUGACAGGCAGUUUUGCCGUAAUCUGAUUUUUAAGGAUGACUUUUCAAAGUGCGACUCCAAAUCAGUAGAAAUAAAAUCUUGAAGCGUUUCUAUCAUAGUUAUGUUGUCUCGGAACUCUGCCAAUUGUUUCGAUUUAGUUUUGGUCUUCUCCAGGAAAAAUGGAAUCUCAAGGCAGUUGUUGCAAUAGGGAUUUUGUAGGUAACAAGAAUAUAAAGUAUUUCCCCUGAAUGUUCAGAGGUGAAGUUACUUAUCCUGGUUUUUGCUGUGCAAAGGUAAUAAAAUAAUUUCCAAAGUUGACUAACGUUUCUUGUAAGCCUUCAAUGCUUCCAGGUAUUGGAUCUUAUUGGAUUCAUAUUCUGUGAUUUAAAUGAGUUGAAAAGUAAUUUCUGAAGGUAUAUGACCAUGAAAGCAUUAUUCAUGAAUGGGUGGUGAUCUACUAUGUUUCGUAUUAAACUGAGAAUUAAGUACUUGUAGACAUGACUGAGACAAUUUUUCAUGGUGUUUUAGAUUCUGGGAAGCAUGUGAGAAUAAGGUUGGAGAUUUAAAGAUGACAACAAAAACAAGCAAAGCAGAUUGUAAACUUUCACUGUGGUAAUAUUAAACAGUUUGUUGGGGGGGUAUUCUCUGUUGUGCCCUAUACUUAGUUGCUUUAUGCCAUGUCAAUUAACUGAAUAAAGGUAUGCUCAGUUGGGAGGCUGCAUAAAAAACAAGGAGCUGGGAAGUGCUUUUGGCUUUUUAUUUGGUUGUGCUUUCUCUGAAUUUUAUGCCUCCUUCUUUGUAACUAGUUAUUUUUCUGAUGACAAAGCAGUCUUUUGUAAGGCCUUCUUCAUCUGUCUGUGCAUAGUAGUCCUGUGCUCGAGUGUCUAGGUAGAUAGGUAAAAGAAGGGUAUUGAAUAGAAUGAGGAAAGUCCCACUUACGUUACUUGAGUUUGGGAAGUUGAAGUGGCUGAAGAGCUGCUUUCCAGUGAAGCUUAUUCAACUGGUUGUGUACAAGAAGGAGCUUGGGAAUGCCAAAAGGCACUGCUGUAGCUUCCACUUGCAGUUAACUUGCCCGUGUGUUGAUAUAGAUGUGCAGGCUAGAUGUGGAAGAUAUUUUAAUUGUUUCCCUUUUGAUAAGAGGGUUUUGUCAUUGUUUCUUGGAUGAAUUAAUGAAAGGAACCAAAAAUUACUUUUCCUGUUCCCAAAGGUCUUCAGCUGCAAAGAAAAAAGUAGUACCUCAUAUUUCAGACUAAUGUGUGCCAUCAUCCUGGAUUGGGAAGUUACAGAUCUUGCUGUCCAGAACUGGAUUAAUGAGGUCUUACAUUUAAUUGUAUUCUAGCCAAAAAGCUUUUAUGGUGUUUUAUCUCCCUGUAAAGUCCAGGAAUGCAAAGGCCUGUUCAGCCUUCUGAAGGUGUUGCUGUAGCCUGCCUUCACCAUGAGGGAGGAUAUUGCCUGUAGUAUGGAGUGUGUUGAGCGCCACUUCCAGCCAAGGGCGUCCAAGAGCUGUUCCCUGUAACACCAAGCUGUGGUGCAGUGAGCUUCUGGGUUUUUACUCAGCAUCAGUGAAAUUGAUAAACUGCCUUGAAAGGUCGUUCUGGUUAUCUUCUAG